CCGGGAGGGCCCCGGGGGCGGCGGGCGCGGCGGCGGGAUGGAGUCGGUGGUUUUCAUCUUCUCGCUGAUCGACUGCUGCGCCCUCAUCUUCCUCUCCGUCUACUUCAUAAUCACACUAUCAGAUUUGGAAUGUGACUACAUCAACGCUAGAUCGUGCUGCUCCAAACUCAAUAAAUGGGUGGUCCCUGAGGUGAUUGGCCAUGCUGUUGUAACAGUAUUAAUGCUUAUUUCAUUGCACUGGUUCAUCUUUCUCCUUAAUUUGCCAGUAGCAACAUGGAAUAUAUAUAGGUACAUUAUGGUGCCAAGUGGAAACAUGGGAGUGUUUGAUCCCACAGAGAUCCAUAACCGAGGACAACUGAAAUCACACAUGAAAGAAGCCAUGAUUAAACUGGGCUUUCAUCUGCUCUGUUUCUUCAUGUACCUUUACAGUAUGAUUCUGGCUUUGAUAAAUGAUUGAGAAGUUGAAAAAGAACCAUUAGCUGCCAAACUGGGUCAUCACUCCAGUGACUGGUUGUGGAGCCUCAGACACCUUCCGAACACACCUAGAUCAGUGUCGUCAUGCAGUAUAUUUUUCCUCUUUGAACAAGAAAUAUUUUUCUGUAUUUUUAACAUAAAAUAUUUUCAAAAGACAUUGGAUUUGUGUAGCAGUUGUUUUUGUUCCUUUACAACCCAAACUGCUGGAGUUGCUGUUUCUGUAAGAUGCAAUCCUUGCUUACAGAACUGACCUUUGUAGGAAUUAAAUGGUGAGAAGGGAAACUCAUUUCAGCAGCAUGGGCUGGUAAUGAUGGUAGUUCCAGAACAAAUUUAAGUGCAGCUCUGGUGUCUACUGAAAGGUGUCAGGAUGUGCCUCUGGCUGUCAAGCUGUCCUACUCAAGCCUAGUUUGAAGCAGUGCCUGGAACACAGAUUUCAAAGUGGAAUAGUAGCACAGCUUGCAUCUUUGUGUCAGUGUUUUUUCCAGGUAAAAAAUAGUGGAAUAAAAGUUAUGCUUUUCUCCCUUUUCACCCCUCCCUCCAACAACCUAUGUGAAGUUGUUUUUGGAUGGAUUAAGAUCCCUUUGGUGGAAGUGACACCUGUGUGUAAGAGUGAAAAACAUAAAUAAGAAACAUGAUUAAUACUUGCUUUUUCCCUUCAACUCCUAUUUUGUCAUUGAAGUACAUCACAGACCUUCACAUAGAGUAAUCAUCAUCUUGCUGGUUGGAGCUGGUUACAGAGCAAAAGACUAUUUGCAGUUGCUACUCCACGAACCUGCUGUUUCCAUAUCCAGUGAGGUGAACCAAGAGAAUGUCUAGCUCAGGGAAAUGGUCUGGUAAACCAUAACCCCAUUUAUCCCAAUUCUGAUGUGACUCUGCUUCAAUGAUACCAGCAAACUCAGUUCUUUUUGUGCAGCUCUUGCCUCAGUGAUAAGUGUAUAAACCUGAGUUUGUACCCUCACUGUCCAAUAACUGUCUUUAAACUUUUUUAUAUGUGCUUGGAAAUAGGUCUCUUGAAACAAACAUAUAAAUUAAAACACUUUAAAAAUACACUUCUGUAAUUAUGUCCUAAAAUUAACGAGCUUUUUCUUCCUAAAGUACCUGGGUUUUUAGUGCACAGCUGUAAUUAACAAAUUGUUUUCAUGGCCAGCAAUGAAAAAGACAACUCUGAGGCUUGAUUUCUGUACAUACCUUGUGUUCAGUGUUUGUUCUAGGAAAAGUUUGGCUUUAAAUUUGUGAUGGAUGGAGUCCAAGUUCAGCUGUUGUAAAGAUGAAAAACUGCUGAAAAUCAUGCUCCUUAAAAAAUAAUUAAGGAAACAGCUACCCCAGCUGUAUGCCACUGACUACACCA